AUGCCGAUGAAGUAUGACCAUGUGGUGGUUUCAAUAACAGAGUCACACGAUACCGAGGACUUGACAAUUACCGAGUUAAAAGAGGUGGAGGAUCUAGUAGAGGUUGUGGAAGAGGAAGAGGAUGAUUCAGAGGAAGAGGACGUGGUAAUUCAAAUCAAGGAAGGGGACGAUGUAAUUUCAAUCAAGGAAGAGGUGGAGUAUGGACACAAAAUUGCAUAUUGCUGGUAUAAAGAGGACAAUCAUGAAAAUCAAGCAAAUGUUGCUGAAAAAUCUAGUGAGAGUUCUACUGAAUCUGAAACCUUAUUUUUGGCCAGUAAUAGUUUGUCUGCAGAUGAAAACAUAUGGUUCUUGGAUACUGGAUGCAAGUCUAAAAGAGCGACAAAGCAGUUGGAGAUUGUUCACUCAGAUUUGUGUUCAUUGGAAGUUCCUUCAAAUGGAGGUUGUAAGUACUUUGUUACCUUCAUUGAUGAUUUCAGUAGAAAAACAUGGGUUUAUUUUCUGAAACAGGAGUCAGAUGCAUGUGACGUUUUUCAACAAUUUAAGCAUCAAAUGACAACUAGGUACACUCCACAAGAAAACGGAGUGGCUGAGAGGAAGAAUAGGUGUCCAACUAAAAGUGUUCGUGAUAAGACACCUGAUGAAGCUUGGAGUGGGAAUAAACCCUCUAUUAGACAUCUCAAGUUAGUUCCAAAUAAUGUUCAGUCUUCUUUACAGCCAGAGUCAUCAGUUCGGAGAUCUCAACCCGAGCGUCACUUAGCAGCCCGCUUGCAAGAUUAUGUUUUGGGUAAUGAUAAUGACUUGACUGAUGAAGAGAUUGUUCACAAACACAUUGAUAUCAAAUAUCACAAAAUCAGAGAGUUAGUUGCUGCAAAACAAAUCAACAUUGAGUACUGUGCAAGUGAAUGCCAUGUUGCUGAUAUUUUUACAAAGCCAUUGAAGACAGAGGCAUUUCUCCAACUGAAGAAGGAAAUUGGGAUGACGAAUUUAUCCAAUUUGGUUUAA